CGAAUUCUACUCGUCAGCUGUUUGGUUUGUCAACCAUUUUUCGCUUCGUGUUCUUGGCGAAAAUUAAAUCGAACGCGUAAUUCACUUGUUACAUUUGAGGAGUGCAUGCCCGAAUAAUAUAAGCAUAUUGUGCGGGAAUAUGCGAGCGGAGGAAGAGCGGAGCAGCAGAUAACAGAUAGCCAAGCGACGCCCAAAAAGUCUGCGAUAGAAGCGCAAGAAGAAGCUGCAGCACAGCGCGGGCCUUUGUUGUUGCGUCUGCUGCGGAUCCGGGGCAACGGCACCUCCCACUCCUCCAGCGCGCCCUGCCGACCCACGCCCAAUCACCCACGUGCCUGACACCUGCGAACAUGAGCGGCUCUCGGGAUCAGGCGGAUCCCCCGCUGCUCCAGCUCGAGGACGAGGUGGAUCUCAUCGGGGACUUUGCCAAGGACCAACCUCCGCCCAGAAGCCAACUGUCGCCGCUCCUAAAUGGCUUCGAGUCGACUAGCAACCAGUUGACAACCAAAGUUGAGAUCAACACCGUUGGCAUGGGCAAACGAAAGACCAGGAGAAGAGGCAGAAAGGGGCGGGAACCCAUGCUACUGUCGGUGGACGACGAGGAUGACGAGGAAGAGGCGCAAGAGGAGAGGAACCACACCAACGGGCUGCCGGGAGGCGAGGAGAGUGCCGGCGGCGAUGCUGUUAUUCAGAAACCGCAACUGGAUAACUUGGUCAUGCUUCACGACGACCAGACCGACGACGAAGAUGGCGAGGAGGCUGUGCUGCUGAAGAGAAGCUCAAACCCGCGCAGCCAGAGACUCAAAGGUCGCGCCGAGGAGAGCAUCGACAGCAGCAGCAAACAGCCACCGAUCAUUAGUCACAUCGCACCCGCGAAGGUAGCCACAUCUGCAUCGACAUCUCCGCUGAAAACCACUUCGCACACUGCCCUCGCCCGUCAUCCGCAUGACGAGGCCGACGACAUCUGCCUGGUGCCAGAAAUCGACUUCGAGGGCAUGUCCACGGACGCCGGCAGCGACAACCGGGAGUCACAGCCGCUCCUGGGGGGAGGCAGUGCCAGUCACGGAAGUCGCAUCAGCGAGCUGUUGGGCGGACUAGGACGCGGGCACGAUCAUGUGGAGUUUGUGUCGAACACAUUUGGCGAUGACCCGCUUUUCUCGGAGAUCGUGGCGAAGGCGGAGGGGGCCAUCGAGAAUGGUGUGCUGCCCGAGCGCAUUUACCAGGGUAGCAGUGGUUCCUACUUCGUCAAGGAUGCCUCCCAUCAAUGCCUGGCCGUAUUUAAGCCAAAGGACGAGGAACCCUAUGGCAGACUGAAUCCGAAGUGGACGAAAUGGAUGCAUAAGCUGUGCUGCCCGUGUUGUUUUGGCCGAGCAUGCUUGAUUCCCAAUCAGGGGUACCUCUCCGAAUCAGGAGCCAGCUUGGUUGAUCGAAAACUCAAUCUGAAUGUGGUUCCAAAGACGCGAGUGGUCAGAUUGGUGGCCGAGAGCUUUAACUACGCCCGCAUUGAUCGACAGAAGGCGAAGCUGAAGAAGCGCAUCAAGGAGCACUAUCCGUCGGCUCACUUCAACCGAAUGAGCCUUCCUCUAAAGACUGGCUCCUUUCAGCUCUUCGUGGAGGGCUACAAGGAUGCGGACUACUGGCUGCGGCGCUUUGACAGCGAACCCUUGCCGCCUUCAGUAGCUAAGUCGUUUCAACUGCAGUUCGAGCGCCUCGUCGUCCUCGAUUAUAUCAUACGCAACACGGACCGUGGCAACGACAACUGGCUGAUUAAGUACGUGGCCCCUAAGAUCACGACCCAGGUGGGAGGCACUGGCGGCAGAACUAUGCACGGAGUUGUGACACCCAAAUUGCCCAAUGCGUUGGGGGCUUCAAAAAUCGUUGAUCUAAAUGAGCCGCCGCAGGCUAGCCCGAAACCGACGGCAGAUGGUCGCCCUCCAAACCACAUGGGGGGUGGAGCAGCCACCAAUGCACAGCAGGAUAGCAGCAGUCUGACCAGCAGCGAAGAUGAGCCCUCGUCAAGAUCCCCCCCUACGUCGGAACCCGAUUGGAAUGUAGUGAACUCGGCCUUCAUUCGGAUCGCUGCCAUCGACAAUGGCCUCGCUUUUCCCUUUAAACAUCCGGACUCUUGGCGAGCUUAUCCCUACCAUUGGGCCUGGUUGCCACAGGCGAAAAUUCCGUUUAGCGAGGAAAUCAAGGAGCAAGUGCUGCCGCAGUUAUCAGAUAUGAACUUUGUAGAGGAGAUCUGCACGGAGUUGUUGUACCUCUUCCAGCAGGAUCGCGGCUUUGACAAGCGUCUCUUCGAGCGCCAGAUGUCGGUGAUGCGGGGCCAGAUUCUAAAUCUCACCCAGGCACUGAGGGAUGGCAAGUCGCCGGUGCAACUGGUCCAGAUGCCAGCGGUGAUUGUCGAGCGAUCAAGCGGCAGUCGUUUCUUUUCUUUUACGCAGCGCUUCCAAAAUAAGAGCCCUUUCUUCUCUUGGUGCUAAAUGACCAUGGAGCAGCCCCUGCCGACCCCACCAAAAAUCAAAUCGAGCAGCCGGUUACUACCGACUCAUCUUUUUCAUCAUGUAUAUGCGCUUAGUUGUUGUCUAGUAUAUUUCCAAAUCGUAAUCGGCUGCUAUCACGGAGCACGGAGCCUAGAAAUGUAUUUUGUUGUAUAUGUAUGUUAGUUUCUCUCGCCAAAAAACUCAAAUGUCAUAUUCAAUAACUAA